AUGGGUGAAUGCUAUAAUCUUUGCGCAGUGAAGGAGCCGUACCAAGUCUCUGCAUUCAUAGGGCCUGCGGUUGCUGAACUCAAGGAAGCAAUCGAGAAUCUCAAGGUGAGGGAAUUUAGUCAGACGCGACUUCGUGAUUCGGAGCGACGUUGCGCUCUCGAAACGCUGCGCUACGAGGAAUUGCUUCUAGAGCUCGAGUCUUCACGAAUGCGACAAAAGUACGAGAGCCUUGAAGUCGUUGGGGGUGUUCACUCGUCAGCCUCCGCCACAUCCACCACCCUCCCCAACGGUCUGGAAUACGUAAUUUCACGGAAAGGAACCACUUCUACUGACACCACCAGCUUCAAGCAUUCCUGCCCUGUAAGGAGUAAAUUAUUGGAAUUUGCAGAAGACAGACAGAAUCACGACUGGUACCCAUCGAAAGUGGGAAAUUUUCAAGUCGACGGGGAGUGGAACCUUCCCAAAAGAGUACCUGCGCCCCGAGGAAUAGCGUUGGAGAAGCAACUAACUCACAGCGCAAUUGUGAGUUGGAAACCACCAGGAUUUCUCCAGAAUGAGGAGGAGGAAGUGACUGCCUAUCAUGUCUACGCCGAUGGUCAAUUUCGAAAUUCCGUGGGCGGACAUGAGAAGUGUCGAGCCUUGGUUGAAAAUAUUGAUAGCUCCAAGCAACAUCGGAUAUCGAUAAGGACAGUGACAGGACGGGGUCAAUCGAAAGACGCGGAGUGCACUCUGCUGGUGGGAAAAGGGGCAAGUGCAGCGCCUUCACGUCUCAAGGCUUCCCAUAUCACCACCAAUUCCGCAAAACUUUCCUGGCUGCCUGGCAGUAGCAACUUUUACCACGCAGUCAUCCUCAACGAUCACGAGCUCCGAGUCUGUCCACCCGGCGUCUACAAACUCUUCCUCACUGGUCUUCCGCCAAACACCCUUCAUCGUGUCCGGGUUGAAGCAAGACGCACGAGUGGAUCCAGUGAGCCUCCACUGAACACCCAAUGCCUUCAAGGGAACCCUUCCUCCGACGACCACAAAAGGAAUUCCGAUACAAUUGAAUUCCAAACCGCUCCUAUUGGCCUCCCGGAUCCACCGAAGAACGUCCAAGUGGAGGCCGGCCCCCAGGAUGGCGUUCUUCUUGUAUCAUGGCGACCAGUCCCACAGGCAACCCACGUUCUUCCCAAUUGUAAAAAUGAACCCCUCGUCCAAGGCUAUACUGUGUGCAUUAACGACAAGCCCCUCAUCGAUGUGCCUGGUGUUGAUUGUGAUCACGUGCUCCUUCCACUGCGACAACUAGCAACUCUUUUAAAGAGUCCUGAGUUCACACUAGCCACUCGGGGAGCCCGACAGCUUCAGCGUCAACGUCAACACCCUCCCCCUUUGUUCCUACCUCAGUCCCAUCAUUCAAGGAAUGUCACGACGACCGAGGAGGACGCGUCGGAGGCAGACUCCUCACAGUCCACUGGUGAUAGCCUCUCUGACCUUCGAAACGAGGAGGAAGAGGAGGAGGCGAGGAGCGACCCGAGCCCCGAAGAGCUCUGGCUCACCGUCUACUCCACCCUCUCCGCCAACACCGCCCUCUCAAUGAACAAAAAUGGCACUGCGGGAGAAAAAAAGGGUUCCUCUGGACCUGCCUCUCCACCCAUAAAAUUAAUUCCCAACCUCCUUCUCCUUGCUGCCGGCUCAUUAGAAAGCGCUGUUGAACUCUUUGGUAAACGGCUUUCAAAGCGUCUGGGCCUUAAUGAGAACAAUGCGGUGGCAGCAUGUGUCAGUCUUCGGCGUCCAAAUCCCGUCUGUAUAUCAAUUGAAAAACCCGGAAUGGAUGCUGAGCGAUCUGACAAUGCUGAUUCAGCUGAGGACGACCAAGGAAUAGUCCACAUCCACGCGGGAAAUAUUCCCGGCAUAGCAAAAACCAGUAGUCCAACUUCUGAUGCUCUCGAUUCAGCUGAGGCCUUACUCCGUGAACGUCAGCUGCAGAAACACAAGUACAGUGACUCGAAUCAGUAUCAGCAACAUCCGUCGCAAUAUUGCCGCGAAACUUUGUCUACCGGUAACCGACCCUCCUCACACCAUGCUCGACAUCCACGAGAGGAUAUGUUCCAAGCACAUGGCCAUCAUAACUACCGCAAUCGCUACGAUAUGGAGCCUCCGGAUGCAGCUUUAGAAACCGUCCAUCCUCGAUAUUACCCUCGUCGCAGCCGAUCCGGACGCCACCUCCGGGCUACGCGCUCUAUGUCCGACGAGAACGACUGCUUCCAGGGUAGAGAGAAACUGAUCCGUCUUCCCUGUUCCACCGAGAGCACUGAAUCGGAGCGGCGCCAAAACUCUUUAUAUCAACCGUUUUUCUCUUCUACGAAGUCUACUCUCGACCUAAGGGCUGAAAAGUCUCAUCGAAGGGGCUGCCACGUCUGUCAGUGGCAUCGAUCCUCCCCCCUGCGCCAGUACACCAACUCAAGAGUUUCUCUUAUGCGUAGGAGCAAGUCUCUCGGACGAUCGCACAACUUGACACUCAUGUCUUCCUCUUCCAAUGAUGAGGGUAUCUCGAAGGCUUACUUCCAGCGUCUUCAGGAACGAGAACAGUCGAAGAAUCAGUUCUCCGGAGUGGGAGAUGUGACGGGUCAGAGAUUUUCGCGAAGGUGGCGCCAGUGUAAGGUUCCCCUCAGUGCUAUGGAUUGCAGCCCCAACUGGAACCAAAAGGAACUAUGCAGGAGUGACAAGUUGAGGGUUGGAAAAUCGUCCUUUGCAAAGUCGGCUCCGAAGCGCUGGCUGCAAAAGAUAACUUCUGUUCCGGAGAUUCACUUGAGUCGUGGCCAUGCGGACUCGGACGACCACUUGCGAAGAUGCAUGCACUCUAGUGAGCGCCAGCUAUUCACCAACUCCCCACACUGUCAACACCGUUUCAGUGGGACCAUGGGAGAUAGACAACGGCGUGAAAGGUCGUGGAGGGAGGAAGAAGAUGAGGGCUGUCUAGGAGACGAUAAUGCGGCAGUGAUGAGCUAUCGAUUUGACGAUCCCGAUGACGGACCCUACGACUGGUCAGAGGGUCCUGUCUACCCCCCCUCCUCCCAAAAUCGGCCAAAAGGACACUCUGACCUUAUUAGCAGAAACUCAAAGACUAUGGUGACCUCUGGACGGCGAACCGUCAGCUCUGGUCUCGAAGGCGACUAUCGAUUGCGAGGUGUGGGGCACAAAAAUCCCAAACGAGGGCCCGGAAGGCGUUUCCAGUUGGAGGUGCGCAACCAGACGCCGGAUCGAAGACCUUUGAGUUCGCCUUCACCCAGGCCGACAGGCGCGGGUGACGACUGUGGAUUUUUCGUCUCCCUCUAUGACUACGAUCCAGCUACAAUGUCACCAAAUCCCGGGGCUGUCGAUGAUGAACUGCCCUUCAGGGAGGGCGAUAUUAUCAAGGUGUACGGAGACCGUGAUGAGGACGGCUUCUACUUCGGCGAGUGCAACGGACGAAAGGGCUUCGUGCCGUCCAACAUGGUAUGCGAGGCGAGUGCCGACGAGGUGACUGACUUCCUUAGGCGGCGUGGCGGACACCACGGCCGAAAUUGCACCACCACCUCCACUGGCCUGCCCCCCGGCCAAAUGACCAAGCCGCAUCGCACAGCUGCGCAGCACACUGGACCAUCUGAAAGAUCCGCUGGUCAUCAUAGGCGGCAUGGGCAGUUCCAUGCCAUUAGCAUGGCGACUGAGCAGUUCAGCAAGGUGCAUAUUGUUAUAAACGGAGUUGCUACUGUUAUAAAACGGGUGCCAACUUUUAUGAACUGGAGCCUCUAUGCUCAAGUCGUCUGGAUCCUGUCGGCUCCAAAAACCGAGGAAAUUAAUGGAUCAAGGCUUCAGGACAGAUGUCUAUCGAUGACGCGGAUGGAACAGAACUUUGCGUACUACCACUACCCCCAACACAGUGAACGGGCGGGUCGUGGCCGUCCAAUACGUGAGAAGAGUCGACGGACGCGACUGCAGAGGAGCGCCUGUGCGGAGGAGAAGCAGAUCACCGGAGGGGGAGCAGAAACAGUUGGGCGAAAACGCGGCGAGAGUCAGAAACCACUGCAUUGUAUCAUGGAGGCCCUCUACGACUAUGAUCCUCACAUCUACAGCCCAAAUGUCGAUGUGGAGACUGAGCUAAAGUUUCGUGCUGGAGACCGAAUCCGCAUCCUCAGUGAGAUGGAUGACGAUGGGUUCUACGUGGGACGGUUGGAGUCGUCGGGUCGAUGUGGUCUGGUGCCUUCUAACUUCCUGCGCGAACUGCCACGCGUCGCUGCUGAGGGAAACACCAGCCUAAUCAAUAGUGGUGCCAGUGACGGAGGCGACGUCUACGAUUCAAGACCCAAAAUGGUUUAUGGGGUGUCCGGUAGUCGACCUACUCAUGGAUCGAAGCCGUCCCACACUCGGGGCGCCAAUGGGAACCGGUCAAUGUUACGCUCCAGUGAUGACCUUGGCCCUGUUUCCAGGCGACGUAGGUCCUCUGGUAGAACAAGAGAGAAAAUGUCGAAACAACUCUCCCGAGGUCGUGUUAAGGCCGAUAAUCUUGAAGAUGCAGAAGAGGAGGAAGAUUCAAUGAUUACCUCCACAGUGCCUCCUCCGAAUCCUUCCAACUGGCCGGAUAGUCCUGAGGUAUCGGUGAAAUUACACUCCGUUGUUCCCCUCUCUACCACCGCCGCUGCCACCACCACCGUCACUCCCACCCCAGAGCCACCGACGCUGAUAGAUCCUGAUGUAAAUCGCAAUUUAGUGAGUAGUGGUGGUGAUGCAGAGCUAUCAAAGGACUCUCCCGAUUCCGAUGGACAGGGUGGUGUCAUUUACAUGGACAUUAACUCCAAGAAGCACAGCAAGUAUUGGCGAUGUGGGGAAGAGAGGCCCAUGCUCAUUGAGUUGGCUCUGCCAGUAAGUGUGGCUGCCGUCGUUGAUGUGUGA